AUGCCAAGCGCGCUACUCGUACGCGGCACGUCUCACCCAUGGAUGCCACUCAAUGGCGAGGCCGAUUGCGACGAUCACGAAGAGAGCGGACGCCGACUUUACCCCAGCACAGUGACACUGACGGACUGCCGUGUUUCUACGCUGCUUCCUGCACCACCGCCACAGCUCACUGGCGCAGCGUUGACAGCCGUGCUUCGAGCAAAUCGUGACGCCACCAGCAAUGGCGAUGAGAGAGAGGCGCAUAUUGAUAUCGUGCUAUCGCACCUAUCCGCUGCUUCGAGCUCGCCAGGCGCAGAUGCGGAUGGCUGCGAUGACGCCAUGCGAGAUGCCGUGGUCACAUUGUACGACGUGUGGCGUCAUGUCAAUGGUCGUAUUUCUCUCACGCCCAGUCCCUCUGUUUGCCUUCCCGAUGGUCACAUUCGGGAGCUACUUCACAUGUACGCCGAGGCAAGCGUAGAACUGGCGUCGAAUUCACUUUUGCGGACGCUAACAACAGCGACCGAGUUCAUAGUUGUAGCCGAAGCGGAAAUGGCAGUGGCAGUGGCUUCUCUCAGUGCGGUGCAUGAGAUUCUCGGGGCUCAGCAAGUGGCCCGCAUCGCUGCGUCGCACACUGCCGCCGCGCCAGCCGACAAGCACAUCCUCGAUCGUAUCCGUACUCUCCUGCUUGCACUCCUUGGAGCAUCGUCAUCAUUCUCUGGGUGCGCUCAGUUUUUUCUGCACUCUAAUGUGGAGCUCAGCAUUGAUCCAACCCGCAGCGUCGCUGGGUGUGGUCUGGUGGCCAUCGGCGCUGUCGGAGAGGGAGAGCUACUCGCCCGCGAGGCCGCGCUUGCCACGGUGGCCGACGCGGAGGUGCGGGUGUAUUGUCAAGGCGGCACCGAGGCCAUGAGCGACGUCGCCACCACCACGGAGCAUAUGAAGUGCAGAAUGCGGAUCUGGAAAGAGAGUGCGCGGCGCUGCCAAGAAGACACAGCGACUGCUCCUGUCUCGAAAAAAGUGUCCGCCGUGCCGAGCUCUGGGACACGCCAGGGCAAGGACUCAGUGCCGCUUAUAAUAGAGAAUGUGGAGUGCAGUGCGACAGCGCAGCUUCUUAGCCUUCUGGCCGGCUUCCCCGAUCUCCUGUGCGGCGGCUGGCGCCAGUGGGCCGCGCUUGUGAUGCGCGAUGCUUCUGUUCUUCAGCCCUCCCCGCGCGUGUCGCGGGUGGCGGUCGACUGGGCCGGAAAGCCACAGACGGAGGUGGGACCAAAAAAAGCUUCUUGCAACUCACACUUCACUGCCGACGCGUCGCAACUCCGAGUGCUGAACUGGCGCGGAGGCGAGGCCCAUACGUCUCUUCCAUCUGCUCCUCAGCUGCUUCUCGACGUGCGAGGCAUAGAUGAAUUUCGCAUUGACCCUCCACCCCGGUCGUAUUGCCACAAGGAGCGUGAUGAGCAUCACAGAUGCGUCAAAGCAGGACUGAAGCGAGCUGCCGGCGAGUGUGACGUCGCUGCGUACACUUCUCUGUGUGCGAGCGAUGUGUCCGCCAAGGCGCUUUUCCCGUUCUUGCGCCACCUCAACCACGCGUGUGUUCCUAACGCGCUUCUUGUGCUCGACAGGACACCUGGACGUCUCCACGACGGCGACGAUGACGGCGUCGUGGUGUCCCUAGUUGCGCUGCGAGGUAUCGAGAGUGGCGAGGAGAUCACGGUGUCGUACGUGCCUGCCACUACAGCCCUGACAGUGUCCCAGACGGAGCUGGCUGAAAUGCUUGGGUUUCGGUGCCGCUGCCACUUGUGCGAACGGAAAGCCGCGUUGCUACAUGGGCAUUUGUGCGGCGAGUGCGGACAGCUCAUCUACGAGCCAGAUAUCAGGGGGGAGUCUGAGCCGCCCAUCAGCAUCCUCGGAGCGACUUGCGCGUCGGAAUGGGCCACAGUGUUCCGUCAUGGGGAGCACUGUCCCCAUCGGCGAAGGACUUGUGAGGCUGACAGCGCCACGGAAGAAAGGAACUCCGUUGCCGCUCAGUUGCAGCUGCAGCUGGAUGACAUUCCAGUGCAGUUGGCGAAGGGUGAGGAUGAAGCGGAAACCUCAGGGAAAGCACGCGAUUCGAUGGUGACAGCGAUGCGACGCCUCGUUGACCUCGACGCGUGCGUCGCCCGGACUCUUUUGCCUACGCACUUUCUGCGGCUUCGGCUUCGCUUGGAAGCAUUCGCCUACUCGACGGUCGCGAGAGGACUGGGCUCUACUCUCAGCGCCGAGCUCAUUCAUCUCUGCGCCAACACACUGGAGGAACUGGAGAUGCUCAUGCCGGCCAGCCACCCCCUCUUGACCGGGCUGCGCAUGUACCUCGUCUUCAGUCGCGGUCGGCAUUUGCGAGCGGUAAACGCUGCUGAGGAUGUGGCGCACGGCACGCGGCACGCGGAGUGCUGCGGUGCGGUGCGCGAGCAGGCCGUACUGAUGCAGCUGCCGUUUGUUGUGGACCCUCUUGUGCGCCGUUGCGUGGCGCGCUGCUUUCAGGAGCACUACGUACAGCUUCUGGCGUGGAGAGCCGAGUGGCUGUCGCAUGUAGGUGAGGCCGGAGCCUUGGGGUCUUUCCUGGCACGAUACUCGGUGGAGUUGGAGGCGUGUGGAGUGACCGCAGUGGAGCACAUAGAGCUGCUUUCCUGCAUGGAGGAUGGUGCCCAGUGCGUAUAG